CCGGUAGAAACCGGAGACCGGAAACCGUUAGUUAAUUUGACCAAUGUGAAGGUCACUUCGGAUAAUAACAAAACAAGGUUAAAUUCUGCAGCGAAAGUGAUACAUUAUGGCUUUAAAUAAAGUGACACGGCUUUCUGUCCAGUGUGCGCACCUCAUGAGACAUUGUUCAGGACUCCAUACCUCUGCUGCAACAUUACAGAAAUGGAAAAUUGGAAAGAUUAACCAUAUAGCUAUUGCCACACCUGACAUUGAGAAAACAGCAGCCAUGUAUAGAGAUGUUUUAGGAGCUAAAGUCAGUGAUAAACAUCCACAACCAGAUCAUGGUGUUUACACAGUGUUUGUAGAGCUGGGUGAUACAAAAAUUGAGCUUUUAAACCCUCUCGGUGAGAAAAGCCCAAUUCAGAAUUUUCUGGACAAGAAUAAAAGUGGAGGAAUGCACCACAUAUGUUUAGAGGUGGACAAUAUAAAAGAAGCUAUGAAAGACUUAAAGGCUAAGAAUAUCCGAUUGCUGAGCGAGGAGCCAAGGAUUGGUGCCCAUGGUAAACCUGUAGUGUUUUUACAUCCUAAAGACUGUAACGGAACUUUAGUAGAACUUGAAGAAGUUUAGAACAAUACUUUAUCUAAUUUGUCUAUUGCAAUAAUUAUGGAUUGAUCCCAGGAUACAGUUAAGAAAUACCUGAGAAAAUUUGGCACUUUUUUGUUUCGGAAAUAUUCCUAUGAGUGUGUGAAUUUCAAAUUUUAUACACGUACAAUGAAUAUUCUUGAACUUGAUCAUAACUAUUAGAGUUAACUAUUAAUGAUAUGUUUCAAAAUAGGAAAAAAAUCUCUUUUAAAUUGUUUUCUCUCAUUUUGAUGAAAUAGUAUUAAAUGCUCUACUUCAUUUAAAUAUAUUGCUUAGAAUAAGUGUUUAGAGUUAAAUUGAUUUUAAAAUGCUUCUGUGGUUAUAUCAGAAUAAUUUACAUUUGAGGAACAAGACUAUUUGUAUCACAAUUUUUAUCCCAUUUAGAUUUCCUGUAGAUCUGAAUUUGGUAAGGAUAUCUAUAUUGAAAUAAUUUAUGGUAAGUUUAUACGAAGCAAUGUUUAAAGAUGUCAGAUUGGAAGUUAUAUCAUCAUAUAAAAUAUAUCUAUACGUAUAAGAGAACUUAAACUAUCAAUGUAGCAGAUUUGAUAAUGUUAAUUGAUCAUAUUGAGAUUAUUUACUUACAUGACUGAAUGAUUAUUUUAACCCUUUAUUCUAAGAUUUAACCAGCUGAAAUUUUGUUAAUGAUUUGCAUUGUUAUGAGUUUGGAACAGCCCAUUUGAAUAUUAAGAAUUUCCGUAACAAUAUACAAAAAGUAUAUGAACUACCAACAGUAUAGAGCCUGGUCAGACUUCAAAGAUGUGCAGGCUGGCUUGGCUCUAUACUGGUGGCAAAGUCACUGUCAGUUCCAGCAGUUUAUGGGUUGAUUAAAGCUUCUGAAAUAGAUUUUUAUAUACUUUUGUUUUGUAUUGUUUUAUUAAAAAUACUCAAAUAAAGCAUAUUGCAACUUAUAAACCUAUUAGAUUGUAACAUUGUAUAUGUAGUAAUUGUGUUUAAGUAUACAGAGGAUUUCUAUUGAAAAUGCUUGUCCGACCUAGUUUUGUUACAAUUGUAGUUUUUAGACACAAAUAUAGCUUAGUGAUAUAUUUCUGUUUUAUAUUAAAUUCAUUUUAUAAUGUU